AUGCCGAUAUGUGCCCGUUUGACUCUCGAAAAAUUGCCUACGCACACAGUGUUUCAUGUCCACGUGGCGGGGUAUUGGUCAAAGUUUUCAACUAGCAAUAAUCUCAACUCGGAUGCACCUCAUUGGUUACGAUAUUGCCACUGCACAAAGCUGAAGAUUCCGACGAUUGCCACCCGUAUAUCUGUGGUGCGGACGUCCGUCCAACCGGACACGGAUUUCGGUGUGCAGCACGCGUCCCGCCCGACCGCCGAACGGACCAUUGACCGGAAACCGGAAGCUCCGCCGGCUGGACUUCGGCUGGCAGUGUCGGGCGCUGUGUGUUGGACGCCAGCAAUCGGCGUUUCGCGCGACCCGCCCGGUGACCAGCAACGACAUCUAUCGGUACGGAUUGGUGCUCAUUCAUUUGGAAAGGCCGUCGUAAUAAUGCGAUUUGUGACCUACCUAUCGUACUUAUACGAGCACUUGAGACCCACCUGUUGUAGGAUGUAG